CUUGAGCUUUUCUCUUCUUUUGAGCAGUUUCAAAAUUCUCUUUCGCAUUGAGAACUCUUUUUACGAACUACAAUAAUGUCUCUUGUCGUCGACCAAACACUUCCUUACACACACCAGCAACUCCAAUUCGAUGACCCAAAUCGAUGGAGUAGACUAUUUCCCUUGAUGCGACCUUCAGUCAGGGCAAUUGAUAUAUCAAACGGGCAAACUGUGGUCAUUGAUACUUCUCUCGUCAAAAGUAAAGAUGUCUUGAUUGCAGCUAUUGGAAGCUUGGGGGCUUUCUCAAGCAAGAUAUUGAGCGAGUCUCAUCUGGCAACUUUCACUUCCGAGUCAACUGGCAAAACUAUUACUUCUGCUGAAGACAUCUCAAAAGUUUUGAAGGAGAAUGGAUUUACCACUGAAAACGGUUUGGUUGUCGUGAGAUCUACCUCGAAGAAGCUGGAUUUGGAAUUUAGAGCAGAGAGCAAAGUCCUGGAAGUUGCUGUUAUUGAGGAGUUGGAACUUGAUCAUAUCUUAUCCUUAUUGUCAGCGACUCAGCCCAAAGUCAAAGCAUCUUUGGAGGAGACAAAAGCCGUGCUCGAGCAUUUUAUCAAAUCUGCCACAAAGACCAAUUCAACUUUUCAUGAGAAGAAAGCUGGAAACGGUCCCUCAGUUGUUCACACUGUUGGAACUGCAGAAUUUAACUCCGCGAAGAAGGCUAUAGACAAAGAUCUAGCCCAUCUCCUGAGUCUCAAACCUUCUCACGCGGAGGAUGUUGUCUAUUCUGUCCAUUUCUCAGACAUUAAUGGUCUUUCUCGUCUAGAGAACAAUAUUCUGGCUCAUGAAAUUUCAGAAUACUUUGCCAAGAAAAACCUGCCACUCCACCUCACUCAAUCUAGCAUCAGCAAUCCUCAUCCCCUCGCCCGCGGGUGGUCCAUUUCUCUGACCACAAUCCCUCUCACAUAUCUCUCUCCACAGCAAAAGCCUACUUCUCCACUAUCAAACACCUCAUCCCAACCAUCGACUACCAACAAUUCCGUCUCAGCCUCCAAAUCCCAACCUGGUCUCCAAUUUUCGGCUCCCCUCCUCCACAAAAUCAUCACCGCCGGCUGCGAAAACCUCAUUAGAACCGAGCCCCUAAUCACCGAAUACGACACCAUAGUCGGCGACGGCGACUGCGGCUACACUCUCCGCGACGGCGCCAAACAAGUCCUCGCCUUCAUCUCCCUCCCAACCACAAACCUCUCCCACCUCCCCCCAACCCUCUCCUCCCUCGUCGAACUCCUCGAAAUCUCCAUGGGCGGCACCUCCGGCGCCCUAUACUGCAUCUUCCUCUCCUCGCUCUCGAACCACCUCUCCGUCUCUCCCGACCUCUCUACCGCCCUAUCAGGCGCUUUGACCGAUCUCCUGCGGUACACGCGAGCCAGACGGGGCGAUAGGACGUGUCUAGAUUGUUUGAUCCCGUUUGUCGAAACACUGGGAAAGGGAGCAGCAGAAGCGUUGGAGGAGGCGAGGAAGGGAGUCGAGGGCACGAAGAGGAUGGAGGCUAUGGUUGGGAGGAGUAGUUAUCUGGAUGAGAGUGCGACGAGGGGAGUUCCGGAUCCAGGGGCGUAUGGGCUGCUGAUGUUGCUGGAGGGGAUGGUCAGUGCGUUGUAGGAACGGCCAUUUUUGUAAUUUAAAGUCUGGUUGUGGUUUCAAACAUCGAAUCUAAGGAAGGCUCCCGCUCUCGGCACUUUCUUUGAGGUAGAUGGAUGUCCAACUAAAGAAAGGUCAUUCUCAUGACUUAAAGUACUGCCGUGAUUUGG